GGCGCUUCAUACUUUGCGGAAUUUGCCCAUCUCCUUCCCUCAUUCUCCCUGCUGAUGGCGGCCGUAUCAAAACCACACGAUUAACAACAGCCUAGCUGUAACAGAUAUUUAUCGAUUUGUUUCAUUCGUACGUUUCUGUGGCAGGGCAUUAAGCGUCCAGGUUUCGAAAUCGAAGGAAACGGGUCCGGUCCUCAAUAUGACUAAUGAGGAACCUCUCCCGAAGAAGGUUCGCCUCAAUGAAUCUGACAUGAAAACCCUAACACGAGAGGAGCUGUGUGUGAGGUGGAAGCAGCAUGACGCCUAUGUCCAGGUCCUCGAAGCAAAAUAUGCUGACCUCAACUCGAACGAUGUGACUGGCCUGAAGGAGUCUGAGGAGAAGCUGAAGCAACAGCAGCAGGAGUCUGCCCGCAGAGAGAACAUCCUGGUCAUGCGCCUCGCCACCAAGGAGCAGGAAAUGCAAGAGUGUACGACCCAGAUCCAGUACCUCAAGCAAGUCCAGCAGCCCAGUGCAGCCCAGCUGCGCUCCUCCAUGGUGGACCCAGCCAUCAACUUGUUUUUCUUCAAAAUGAAGGGCGAACUGGAACAGACUAAAGACAAACUGGAGCAGGCCCAAAAUGAAUUGAGUGCCUGGAAAUUUACACCUGAUAGCCAGACGGGGAAGAAGCUGAUGGCCAAGUGCCGCAUGCUGAUCCAGGAGAACCAGGAGCUGGGCCGCCAACUGUCCCAAGGACGCAUCGCCCAGCUGGAGGCCGAGCUGGCACUGCAGAAGAAGUACAGCGAGGAGCUCAAGAGCAGCCAGGACGAGCUGAACGACUUCAUCAUCCAGCUGGAUGAGGAGGUGGAGGGCAUGCAGAGCACCAUCCUGGUCCUCCAGCAGCAGCUCAAGGAGUCACGCCAGCAGCUCACCCUGAACCAGGGCUCCUCAGCUGGGGCUGGGCCCAGCAGGACUUCCCCUUCUACCUCCGAGCCCCCCUGCCAGAUGGAGCCUCCCACUGCAACCCUCUCCACCGAUCCGGCCGAGAAAGACUGCGGCAGGGUGUCCAACGGACCAAGCAAUGGCGACGCCUCCUCCCAGCGAAGCGAGACGGCCACGCCCAGCUUGUACCGGGAGCUGAGCAGCACAGAGGAAGACUUCCCCAUGUCCCCCAUGGCCUACAGCCCCGGGGAGGCCGAGACAAAACUCUCCAACCACUCAGAGGAGGCAGGGGCCCAGACUAGCGCGGUGGGGGCCGUCGGGGGGGCGGGUCGCUUUGGGAGCCAGCUGAGCACGAGCUACGAGAGCGUGGACUCUCCCACAGGCAGCGAGACGUCCCUGACACAGCACUCAAAUGACACAGACUCCAAUAUCGACCCCCACGAGGACAAGACGGUGCCCAUCGCCAAGGGAACCAGGACUGGGGGGUCUCGGCAUGCUCAGAACGGCCUAGACUCAAGCAUGAAUGACAGUGUGGUUUUGUAAUGUAUUUUGUUUUGUAAAACAUACUUUUGUCUUUUUCUUUUGAUACAAAAACACAAACCACAUCGACAAACCGUAGUAACACAGUACUUCUGUCCAUAAACUGUAUUUUUUAUUUUGUUUUCCUGCACCCCUCUUCAUUGCCUAUCGUGACACUUAAAUCACAUGCGUUGCUCAACAGGAAUAUUAUGUGAAUUAAUUAAUGUUCGUAGAUUUUGAUUUGAAUUUUUUCGUAUUCAAGAUAGCAUUUUAUUAAUUUGCUCAGUUAUUUGAAUGUAGUCUGGGGAUUUUUUCAGGUCUUUUUUAAACAUCUGUUGUGAAUCAAUUAAGGUCAAUAAACACAAUUUCACAAGUAGCUUUGCAAUGUUCAAAGACUGUGUUGUUUUAGAUGUUGACCUGUUUUUUUUUCAGUUUUAAAAAUGUCCAUCCUUGGUAAAACGAAGUUUCUGGUUGACUUGUAAUUUCUACACCGUGUAUCUUGUUGGAUUCGUAUUAUUCUGACUUUUCAUGUACUGACCAAAUAUCAAUAAAUACUUUUAAUAUGA